UCUGAUUAUCACAUCAAAAUAUCUUAAACAUAUUUUACCGAGAAGAAGAGUGCUAGAAAUUUCAGAAUGGAGAGAAAUUUCCGAAUGGUUUUCUCCACAGUAGUUUCCGUUCUCAUGAUGAUCAUAAUAUCGACUACUGCCGAUGGACGAAAACCUGUGCUGGAUGAAUAUCCUAUACGAGUAAAGAUUUCACAGUGUGUAAUUAAAGAACUAGAUAUCUCAAAUGGCGAUUUUAAAUUAACAGCACCAGAACUUAAAGCUUUGAAAUAUAUUGUACAUGAAGAGUUAGUCAAAGAACCACUAGAUAAACAAAAGGUGAAAGUCAAAGUUUUUGGAAGAAUGAAAAAAUUAGUACAGGAAGACGCAGAACUCGAAGGUCUCCCUAACGAAGAAGUUGAUAAAAUAAUUACGGUUGUUAAACGCAGGGCCGAAUAUUGCCGGGAGAAGGGGUUCGGUGAUUAGGGAGUUUGGUUUUACUUGUUUUUCUAUGUGUUGAUUAAUGCGGUGCAUUUUGCUUGGUUCUUCGCCUGGUUGUAGGUUUUCAGUGUGCAUCUUGUGAUGGGGUUGGAAUGCGCAGUUUAUGUACUCCUAAAUUAAUAAUCAU